UUAUACCGUUCUGAUCAGGUCGCUGCUGGGUUAAAACCGAAGCGGAAAGAAGAAGUGAUAGUUGAGGAACGAAUUCCCGAGUCAACGGAGAAAUUUGAGAUAGAUUUCUAUAAUGGUGACUUACAUCUAAAAGGAUCCCCUACUGACGACUGGGUAAUUGAUCCAGACAACCAAGAUGGUUUGGCACUAAUGUGGGGAGGCGUAAAAAGUACAUACGAAUACCCAGGAUCCUAUUGCUAUACAUCACUUGGCAAACGUGCUAAUAAUAACAUAUUCACCGAUUAUGGAGAUUCCUUCACAAUCGGAGACGUUAUAACGGCGCAAAUGGAUUUGGUGGAUGGAGUCAUCAGUUUUUGGAAGAACUCUGAGAGUAUGGGCCCAGCUUUUACGAAUAUCACCAUACCUGAGAACGAAACAGUAUAUCCACACAUUUGUGUUAAAAACUGUCGUGUAUCUGUUAACUUUGGAACUUUUCCAGGUGGAGAAGAGGAAUGGAAUAAUCGUCCUGAAUGGAUUUUCCCUAAUUCCCUGCCAUGUUCUCAAACGGAACGGGCGCAACUUCCACCUGAAAGCAAAUCUGAUUGCACCGUUCUUAUGAUGGUUGGAUUACCAAGCGUUGGUAAGACUACUUGGGUACGUCGUUACAUACGAGAGCACCCCAGCGAGAAUUGGACUUUGAUAAGCGCCGAUACUAUACUGGCAGCCAUGAAAGUAAAUUCAUUGAAUUUUCAAUAUAAGAUGUUACUUUAA